AUGGAUGCGCACCAGUGUUCUUCGUUCUCGCCUUCUGGAGGUGGUUCUGUGGUGCAGCGGUUGCAGCUUCCAGAGUUGGAGCGUUCAAGUACGACGGUGUCGACGCACGGAAAGAAUCGUCCAUCAACGGAGGAGGAAGAGUUUCAGUGGAAGUUUAAUUACUUUAGUAAUGAGUGUCGAUUAUUGGGUCAGUACAAUUGUGCGUUAUCUGGCAAGAUAUUGUUACAGGGGAAGAUGUACAUUUCGACGACGGCGGUGGGCUUUUAUUCAGUGUUUAAUGAUAGCACGUUCAUCUCUUUGAUUCCGACCUUAGUGUUGUUUGAGUAUCAUGAGAUUGUGAAUAUUACGAAACGGUCGAACGCACUUGUGUUUAAUAAUUCGAUUGAGAUCGAGUUGAGGGACGGCACGUCUUACUUCUUCACGUCGUACGUAAACCGGGAGAAGGCGUGGGCAUUGUUAAUGCGGAUGACCCACUACCAGUUCGGGCGUGGAGACGAGUCGGUUUUGACUGCGCGAACGCGCUCCAAGCUGCCGUCCAUACCACGGCCAGGAAACAACCUUGUUAGUGGGGACGGGAGCAAGACAAGCAAAGUGCAAGUCCCUGUUCCUAGUGAAGUGUGCCACGUGUUGACAGUCGGCUACGCCCAAAUUCAAAAACCAAAACUCGAUUACUCCCUGCCCAUGGGCAUCUUUACCGUUCCUAUCGAGCGGAUGUAUCAAAAGUGCGUCGUCGAAGAAACUUAUGAUCACAUCCAUCAUACAAUCGCCAACGGCAAAGAUAUCGUGGUUACCAACGGCGGAGUCCAUAACUGCACUGCCGAACCGUGGGCUUCCUUACCUUCUAGUGAAAGCUAUGAAUUCACAAGGUCUAUUUCAGGCAUGAACAAAAUUGAAAACAACUUUCCUGUAUUGCGGCUACCAGAUUAUGCCUUUGUUACAGAGGACAUCACGUUCAAGAUCAACACUUCCAAACAACAGUUCCUAAGAGACAGCAUUGUUACGACCAGGAAAAUGCCGUUUAGUGAUUGUCUAAAACUCCAUGUCCGUCUUGUAUUUACUAAACUUUCAGCGAGCGAAACACAACUGGACUCGGAAAUGGAAAUUAUCUGGGUUAAGAAAAGCAUUCUAAAAAGUAUCAUCAAGUCAUGCGUUGAAACAGAAUGGAUCACUACCAACACCUUCAUCAGACAUGCCAUGAUCCAAGCAUGCUGUGACUUUUAUACGUUCCAGGCUCUCAGUACCGCUACGCCUAAGCACUUCACCAAUCCCGCAAGAACCACAUACGACAUUCGCAAGGGAAAGGCGGCGCUCGUUCCCCAAAUAAAAAAAAGAGGCCUAUUUUGGUUCACGGUCUCCGUGUCAUUGCUAAUAUCACUGUCAUUCAAUGUAUACUUUGUUCUCCGCGAACUUUCUCAGAAAUGA